UCUGUCUUCUCUACGUGUACUUUUGCGUUAUCCAUCUCUGAUCAAAUGAGAGGCCCGAGGCUCAGCUUAUCUUACGCGCCUCAAUACGCCUACUUAGUGCUUUACUGACAAUCAUGCUGUACAAAUCUUGAGUACGGAAAGUGGGCACAAGAGAAAAAAAAAGUCUCGCAUCAACGUUCUCUACACCCCAUUCACCUUAUCAUCACCUCAUUACGUCUCGAAAUAGUCCUCCUCAUCUACUCUUUGCUGACUACAAAAUGAACACCGAAAGUCCCCUCAACCACCCAACCUCUCGCGAUCCCCGCCUGACGCAUCUCAGACCGCCUAUCAGAACCAGUCUAAGUAGACUGCCAGCUCCACAACUUCCCAAUUCCCCGGUUCUUCCCCAAACUGCAACUCAAGAUGAUGCCGGCUGCGGUGAUUUUAUACGAGGGAUCUCGGGAUUGGUGCGAGCCACAAUACAAGAUACCCAAAACCAGGCAGAGAAGGAAAGGCUUCAAAAGCAAAAGGAGUCAACUGAGCGCCUCUUAAAGCGUGCCAGAUUUCACCCGAACUUUCCGGCCACGAUUGAGUACUAUCAGCGGGCGCGUGAUGAUGAAGAUGCCGAGAUAUCACGGAUAGACAAAGCACUUGAGGAUUCCACUCGUCAUCAACUUGAGAAAGAACUCAAGGCUAAACUCCCAUCUUCGACAGCGGAUGGAAAGAUUCAUGAACUAGAGAACGAGAUUCAAGCGAUCAAGAACGAAUCGGCGCAACUCAUGGAACGAAACCAGUCCCUAGAAAAGACCCUCAAUGCGAAGCUUUGCAAGAUGGAUGCAACGCAUCAAAGUCAUUUGAUAACACAGGCCAAACACAAUAGGGAUUCUAAAGAGCGCAUGGAUCAUUAUCAAGCGUUAUCCUCCUCUUCAGAGACAAAAUUUGCCAAUAUUACUGCGGAAAUGGACAAUUUCAAACAGAAAGCCAUGGCCCUUGAGGCGGCAUCUGCCCCCAUUACUGCGGAAAUGAACAAGUUGAAACAGAAAGCCGCGGCCAUUGACACCCGAAUCGACCAGCUAUUGGAGUCACAAAAUGACUGCACUCACUCUGUUGCUAAAACAGUCGAGAAGACGAAGGAACAGCAGGAGAAGCUGGACGGCAUCAAGCUCCAAGUGGAUGGUAUUAAGCUCCAAGACGUGGUGGAGCCAAUCCGGAAAGGGAUGUAUGAAAUCAGGACCCGCUUGCUCUCUUAUGAAAGUAGCCAUGGGUCUGCUGGACGCCAAGAACAGCAUAUACCCCAUGCUGAACUGCAAAAUCUUGCCUCGCGAGUUCAAACGCUGGAGGGAGCUCCCAACCUGAUGCCUCAGGUCCAAUUGGUCCACGAUGGUUUGAAAGCGCUCACAGAAAUCCGCAGGAAAGGCGAUGAUCUUCACUUCGAAGAAUUGGAUAAAAUCAAGCAAAGGGUGAAAGAUCAGGCGGAUAAAUCGGCAGACAUGUCUAAUGAAAUUGCACGCCUUGCAAAUGGGCUGCAAAGUUUAAGUCAGUUGAACCCGACAGCUCAACAAGUUGCGACAGUGGCCGGGUUUGUUCAGCACGCGCAGAAGACCCUUGAGAGCCUCACGGUAGGGUUGCAUUCGCUGGAGACUAGGUACAACAAUCUAUCAACGGAAACGGUUGUCAAGAACAUGGUCGUUGCAAUGCAAGAGAUGUAUCCGAACAUCAGUCAAUUGACAGACCAGACUAGCAAACUCAAAGGGCUUAUUGACAAAGAAUUGCCUCCGUUGCUGGCUAGAAUUGACCGAAUAGAUCGAAAACUACAAUCUCACAUCGACACGACACGACAAGAUGCUAUUGCCCGCAUGGAGCAAUUAAAUCGUCUAAAGGAUGACCAUUCGACUUUAUCUCAGUCCCUGGGGCCUCUGUGGGAACGCUUCGGCUCGGAAGACCAGCAGCUAGUCGGCAGCGAAGAAUUUCGCACGCUGCAGGCCGACCUAUCAUCUUUGGUCAACAAGAUCAAUGAAUAUCCAGUUAAAGACGAAAUCCUCACUUUCGGGGAUGUGGAGGUGCUCAAGUCACAAUUUAAUGUUCUAGAUCAAAGAAUGGGCGCGUUCAGAACCAGCUUUAACGAACAAUUAGGUGCCAAGGCGGACGAUGACAGAAUCAGACAGACCGUGAACAAAGAGCGAGAUUUCCUCAUGAAGCAGAUCGGCAGCAUAUCCGCCACCAUCGCGGAAUUACACAAAAACAUCAAAGACUUGAAGGCGGCAGAUACCAAGCAAUAUGAAAAGCUCAUAUCUCAGGAGGGUGACAUCGACGCGUUGCGAGACCACCUCAAAAAGCUCCAAGAGUCUACGCUCGACAAAUACCAGCAUCUAUGCAAGAAGCUGGACGACAUCAUAGCGACCACGAGUUCACAUGCAUCCAAUGCGUCGACACCAGUAACAGCUCAGGAGGGCUCUACACCGCUACAGAAGACUAAGCAGGAAAGCCCUGCCCCCGAGGCGACUCGAGUUGAAGCCGCUGCGGAGUCCAGCCCAGCUCUCGUUUUACAGGAACAGAAAAAGAAAAAGAAACGGCCUCGUCCGUCGAGUCAAGCGAACGAAGAGAAGGACUCAGCGCCUCCGUCAGAAUCCCCGGUUUCGACGCCUAGACCAGAUGAAACCCCAGAAUUGAGAAAGAAGAGGAGAAAGAAGAAGCGGAAGGUCGAGGGACCAAUUACCAUCGACGACUAAGAUGAAGACUUGUUUGUACAUCAACAUUCAUCACCUCUGUUCAUUCUCGGCAAUAUUUUGGCGUCAUCAGAUACCACCCAUGUCAUGGCUUCAUUACAUUGGAAUACGUCGGCCUAACUGUGAUUUUCUUUUUAUGACUUUCCCUUUUUUUUUCCUAGCGUUUGUCUCUUCCGGACCUUGUCUCUUUCGGGUCUUGUCAUAUUUCGGGCCAAUGUAUGUAUAAUUGUUCUACAUAUUUACUCUUCUUUAGUAAAUCUUA